AUGGCAAGCAUGAAGGUGACAGAAGUGUUAGAGAUGGUGGUGGUUGGGACGGGAAGAAAGCGAUGGAAAAGAUGGAAGAGAUCUUGGUUUGUCCUGCGAGUCUUCUCUAUCUGUUUGAUGUUGCUUAUCGGUGAUGUCAUAGCAAACCUAGUCAAUACACCUGAGCCCAUAGAAGAUUUCAGUUUUGAAGAAAUCAUGGGGGAACGGGGGCGUUGCUCAUGCAGGGCCAAACCUGUGGAAUUCUCUUCCACAGAGUUUGGAAACCCAGACCUCAGUGACUACUUUCAGGGGCAACCUGAAAACAUACCUGGGAAGAAGAACAUGUUCGUGGCUUUUGAGUAUGUUGCCUAUCAGGUCGAAGGGAAAUCGACAUCUCAAGUUUCCCCUUGUAAUGACUGUCAUUCUGAAGUGCAAUAUUUCUCAGUCAAGCUAGUCAACGGCUAUGUGACCAAUGCGGGUCUCCUGCUUAUCUUCUAUCAAGGCUCAUGGGGUACUGUGUGCAAUAACUCCUGGACGAUCACAGAAGCUGACGUUGUCUGCAGGCAAAUGGGCUAUCCAGGUGCUGCAGUGGCUUCGCAUUCAGAACUUACCAUUCCACUCGGCAAAGAUGGUUACCCAACCCUUUUUGAGAAUUUUCAUUGUAGGACCAAUAGCACCAACCUCUACAAUUGCCAAUUUGAGGAUUUCUCGAUGGAACAUGGCUGCCAAAGUGUGCAGUUAUUGUGUCAACUUCCGCAGCCAACGGAUCCUCCACUGUAUUCCUUACGACUACGUGACGGUGAGAAACCGAGCGAGGGCAGGCUUGAGGUCUUUGUCCACGGCAUAUGGGGCACCGUCUGCAAGGAUCGUUUCUCCAAAACGGCUGCCUACGUAGCCUGCCGACAACUCGGCUACCCUUUCGCCUUGACCUACCUACCAUCCUCUUCGUUUGGAUCCGGAUUCGGUCCGAUAAUCCUUGACGAUGUCCGGUGCAAUGGUGACGAGAGGAGACUAUGGGAUUGCCACCAUCAGAGUGCCUGGACACAUAACUGCAAUAAGAGAACAGAGGUCAUUGGGGUACGCUGUAGCAUGGAGACUUCUAUGCGAGCUGGUCAUGGUGUAAGAUUAGUACCUACCAAAGUGGGCCUGGUGGAAAUCUUCUAUGAAGGCAUCUGGUGGAACAUCUGUGCAGAUUCCCAGUGGGACAAACGAGAUGCCCUUGUGGCUUGUAGGCAACGUGGCUACCUGUCUGGGUUGCCACGUCGACAACCAUUCUGCCCGUGGAACAAGAUCAACUGUCAUUCCAAAUUUGGUGAAUUCAAGUGCAUAGGGACGGAAAGCUCCCUGGAGCAGUGUGAUUUCUCAAUGGAAGAUUUCAAUAGUCCGUGGACUUGCCAGUAUGGCUUUGCGGCUGCAGAGUGCUCAAACAUUGAACCCGACGAAGAUUGGUGGCUGGCAGAUCAGAGCAAUUUAACAGACAUUCAUUUAGCAAAUUCCACGCUCAUACCAGUUAUUAAGAAGAAAAAAUUUGCAGAGGCUGAUGUAAGGUUAGCAGGGUCAGAUGAUGACCAUCAAGGUCGCGUUGAGAUCUACCAUGACAGCGACUGGUAUACAAUCUGUGAUGACCAGUGGGAUAUCAAAGAUGCAAGGGUGGUGUGUCGUCAGCUGGGAUUUCCCGAUGCCCUGCGAGCCCUGACCCAAGCAACGACCUUUGGCCCUGGCCUUGUCAACAUCCUCCUGGACAAUGUGGACUGCAAGGGAGAUGAGCCAAACCUCCUGGAGUGUGAUCACAAUGAACUUCACAUCCAUGACUGCAUUCACAAUGAGGAUGCAGCGGUCAUCUGCAAGGCGGAAGGCACCAGCCUCAUCACUGCUGCAUCCGAUUCCUCAAGCCAGCUGCCACCGGGUGCAAUCAUCGCAAUAUCCAUGAUCUCUGCAUUUUCUUUCAUCAUCAUUGGUGGUGCCCUACUUCACUAUGCCUGUAAAUCCUGCGACCGUCGUAUCGAGGAAACCUCUUCCCCUCGGACGCGUUCCACCCCCAUGGUCGUCAUGAUGGUACACUCUGCGUCACGCUCUGGCCGAUCCAGCAAUGGAUUCCCGCACAACUCCCGGCGUUACGACGCCCUCCCCUUCACCAUCUGCUCCAGGACCUCCAUAGGGAGCAGCACCACGAGUCCCGUAUCCAGCCCGGUCUCACCGAAUGGAACUAUUUGCGAAGAGCUUGAGGCUCUGAGCGGGGGACCGCCUUCUUAUGAAAUUGUCUUGCGUCACCCAGAUGCCUUUGCCCAGAUGCUCCAAAGCGCGGAAAAUAUAGUGCCCCCGCCCCCGUCGUAUAAUAGAUGCAUCUCGCAACAAUGACGUAAGGUACUCAUCUGGUCAAUCAUUAUCAUCGUUCUCGCAUUAGUCACCUUGCCUUGGAUUCCACUUCUUGGCGGAUAAUGACACUCUAAUUUUUUCCAUUCCUUUCUUGUGUACCUGUUUUAUUGAUUGACUUGUUUUGAUUUAGUUAUAAAUUUAUGCUGCAAGGAGUUGUAUUUUAUUGAGAGUUUAGUGUGUGGUAAAAAAUUCCUGAAAAGCUUCGUCUGUCACCUUUUGACCUCUGUGACACCAACAGCACUCAUGCUUUCUUUGCUGUAAAAUGACCACUACUAUUCACAACAAAAAUAAAGAUGGGGGAUUAAGUGAUCCUCCUAUAGUGAAGUUCUUCUUGGAUGUUGCACAUUUGCUUUCACCCAUGGACUUCUGCUCUGUGUUAGAUGCACAACUUCUCAACUAGUUCAGACAUAGGACCAAGAAGACUUACCCUUACCUAAUUUAGGGGCUGUUUCCUGUUGCAAACAUGAACCGACCAGUCCUUGUUCAACUGGUUAAAAAUGUACAUUUUUCUCAGUGAUUUUAGAAGGUUCUAGUAACAACAGUUGAAACUUCUUCUCAUGAGGAAGUGUAGAAUUACAGAAAUGAUUUCUAUGAAGAAGUCAAAGAUUGAUUUUGCAUUUUUUAAUGAUUUGUAAAAAAAAAUGCAUUUGGGCAAUUCCAUAAAAUUAUCAACCUUUUUGUACAUCCGACCCCCAUUUUUUCGAGUCUUACUUCACUUCAUAAACUGACCAAGUCAUGACCCUUUGAAGACAUUACAGACUUACAAAAAGAAUCAGAAAUCAGAGACAAAAAACUUCAUGAAGGUCCCACAUAUAGGGGGUAGGACGUACAUAUUUUAUGGAAUUGCCCAUUUGCAAAUAGUUCUAAGUGAUUUUAUAGCGUAAGACACAACUUCGGAUGAAAGACAGAUCAUUUGAUAUCUAUGUAUAAAAUCAUUUUGAUCUGUACUCAUUUUCCUGCAACCCAAUACUUUCCAAUUUAUAGCAAAAGGACCACAUUGCUGUAGAAGUUAAAUUGGCAUUGUUCUGGUAUGGAAGCAUCAAAGCAAUUGAAUGAGUAUUUCAUCUUUUUUAUGAUAUUUCCAAUUUAUAUCUACCAUAGAAUCACUUUCUGUCAAUGAAUAUAUUAUUCAUUUCAUAUUUCCUCUCCUUGAUAAUUCAUCAUUCAGAAUAUCUUCCUUAUAUUUUAUUUUGAUUGGCCAGAUGAGUGGAAAAGUGAAACUACUACUAAACAAAGAUUAUUACAAUUUUGAAAACUGUUUUAUAUAAAUGUGAUAUUUGGUGUUUUCUCAUACAUUUUCAAUGAUCAUGUGAAUAAAGUUUUUACAAUUUACAGACAGACUGAGUAGGACUAUGUAUAUACUCUUUAUGCAAGACUUAAUGUUUGUCACUAUAAUUUAUUGUUUUGUGUUAAAGUCAUGUUGGUCGAUAACUACUAUUUAAAGGCAAAAUAAUUAUCUACAUGACUACUGAAUUUGAAAAUUGUUCUUGUUUUAAUUGAUAUUUGAUUUUGAUUAAUAAUUUUAAGAAGAAAAGCUACCAAAUCCUCCCAAAGAUACUUUGCAGUAUAUCCAAUUCAGUCUCUAUUGGUAACCCAUAGAGGUAUAAUGUCUUAUUUAAAGAUGCCAUUGUGUAUUUCCUAUUUUUCCUGAUUUCUUAUUCAUAUGAUUAAAAGGAGAAAAUGUAUAUGAAUAAAAUGAUACUGAAGUGUACUAUCUUGUGCUCACUGCUCAUUAAUACAAACUUAAACUGAUGCUUACACUAUCUAAAUAUGCAACACUUUGAAACGAUGGAUUAAUUUUUGAAAUGCAAAUUGGCAAUUCUUAAAUUAGGUUUUGUAAUUUAUCAUUCAUUUUUAUUCAUCUUAUAUGCUCUUUUUAUAACAAAUAUGAGAGGUUACAAAAAUUAUUUGAGGAUUGAAUAAGUAAUCAAGACUUUAGGAAAGCCGUAUACCUCAAUGGGUUCAUUUUACCAGCAAUUCUAAUCUGUUCUUGUGAAGAUUGAAUUUAUUUAGCUGCUUAUUAUAUUUGUGGAUGCAUUCACUAUAGAUGUAUUGAAAUUUACUUAUUUCAUCAGAGUUAUGAAUAUUACAAUUUGUCGUACUGAGUCUGUUUUCAAUUAAAGUAGCAUUUAAUCUGCUACUUCUUUUAUUCAUGUUUUAACUAUUUAUUUGCACAUUUUGGCAAUGUACCUAAACUUUAGACCGUUACCACACUUGAAAUUUGUGUUUCAAGUUGACAACGAGGCCUUGUAACACAAAGCCUCGCAAUAGACUUUCAUGUCAAACAAAGAGUUACAAUUGAUCCAUCAACCUCAACUAUAUGAAAAUCCAUCAAUUUCAUAAUUUUUCAUACAGGAAAUUUGCACAAUGUCCUUUGUAAACAAAGAGGAGCACACUGAAUUGUCAAGACAACAAUGAAUGUAUGAUUAUACAUCAUUAUCUACAAAACAUUUUGAAUAAACAUGCAUUUUAGAUGUUGACGUUGCUUUCUAUAGUUGUGGUUGAUUGGAUCAAUCGUAAAUCAUAUGGCACUAAGCCUGAUUAUUCUAUAUGGAACCCAAGCUGAGAAGGUUCUGAAAAAUGCCUACCCCCCCCCCCCACCCCCUCCCAUUGACUUGUCAGUUAACUGCCAUUUUAACAGAGAUCCUUUUGGGAUUCCUACAUGAAAGGCACAACCUGAAUUUUGGUGUAGAAGAAAAAUUUUCUCUUUUUUUUCAAAGUAUGCUACAAACACUGAGCAGGGCUCUGUAACACAAAGAUUAGAGAUCAUUUGCUAAAUGGACCGACCAAUCAAGAUGUGAAACUUGAACAAAGUAAUAGAAAAUGUUCAGGGAGCAUUUACUGAAAAGUCUUUCUGUGAACCCCCCCCCCCCCCCAGCCAAUCAGACUGCAAGAUUUGUAUUAUUUUACAAUAACAUUGAAAAUAACUGAUUAUUUUGUUUCAUGAAAUGCUCCCAUGCAUGGUUAAUUGUCUCUGGGAGGUGAAGAUGGUCUUCAUCUUUGUGUAAAAUGAUUGCAUAAGACCCUUCUUUUUCUGAUAAAUAAACAUUUUGGUGCUAUGUGAAUACUUUUUCUAUAUAUAUCUGUUUCAUCAUUGAUCCCGAGUUUAUCACAACUUGAAUUUGUGAACAAAGGAUAAAAGUAAUACUGAUUGUGAGAUUGUUCAGUAUAUUUCAUACCUUUCUGUGACAUUUAAUUUGCUAUUUUAAAGUAAGUUAGAAAAAUAUAUAUUGUAUUCUUACAAUGUAGGUUGUUCAAACAGACCUGGAAAACUAAAAAGAGUAAAGUAGAAUUGGUACUUUUAAAGAUAUUUUUGUAAUGUUCAUUCCUGUUUGAAGAGAUGAUUGACUUAAAAACACUUGCCCUUGUCAGAAUCAAGGACCGAAUAGCAGAGAUAUUGUUCAGUCCAUGUUCUAUAUACUCUCUUUACUUAUAUAUUGUUUGCAACCAAUUAAUAUAAGGUUCAUAUAAAGUGAUGAACAUGUAUGUGUAAUUAACAGGAUAGUUAUUGUCCAUCAGUAAUAAAUGAAAAUGAAAAAUAUAGAUUAUCAAACAAUAAAAUUACAGACAAAACCAUACUAGAAUAUUUAAUAAUUUGGUCUAAUCACCAUUUAACCAAUUUACCACUUUUGUAAAUGUUGAGUAAGGUCAUAACCAUCCACUUGGUCUAACACUACGAUUAGAUGAACUGCAAUUAAUAAAAAAUUUGUUUGACAAAGUAAAAAAUAAUUAGAAAAAAAAGGUGUAAAUUAAACAAUAUGAGUUUUAGACUUAUUGAGUAUUAUAGACUAAGUGGACAUUAGGCUAACAGCAGGGAAUACCAGAUGGCAAAUAGGCCAAAUUGAUAGCAGACCAAAUGGGUUUAUUUCGUAUGGUAUCUGGGAAGUAGACCAAGUGAAUAUAAGCGAUAAUUUUGCAUUUGUCCACCAAUAUUGAGUUGAAUGAGCUAAAAGUUUUCAAUAUCCCUGAUGUUACUGGUAGUCAAACAAAAUAAAACUACUAGUAUGUGCUGUUGUAGAUGAAAGGUGUUUGUCAACCAUGUAAGCAUUAAAUAUAGCUUGAAUAAUGCUACGCCCAUACCAACAAAAUGGACUCUAAACCAAACAAUGAUAUGCCAUUUCAAAUGAUAUAAUACCUUUGAUUUGUUUGGAGUUGGUUUUGUUGGUGUGACUAGCAUAACUCUUGUGUCCUGUCCACUUGUACUUAUAAUUCUGAAAUACUUGGUACUUGUCAUGUGACCAGUACUUGUCAUGUGACCUUGAUUGUAAUUGUAUAUAAUCAUGUGACACAUUCAAUCAUCUCAUUUUUUUUGCUGUACCACCGUGUUGUCUAUGAAUAAAUGCAAUAUGGAAACAUUUUA